AUCAGUUCCCUAGUGGCAGUUGAACAGUAAACAUCAAAGCGAUCGUUGAGCAUCACCAUGUCUGGAAAGGAGAAAAUUCUACUGGCCUAUUCCGGUGGCUUGGACACCAGUUGCAUUUUGAAAUGGUUGCUCGAGAAAGGAUACGAGGUGAUCUGCUUCAUGGCAGACGUUGGCCAGGAGGAAGACUUUGUCGCAGCACGGGAGAAAGCUCUUCGUGUUGGUGCAAAGGAUGUGAUCAUCAAGGACAUGAAGCGAACCUUUGUGGAGAAGUUUGUUUGGCCCGCUAUUCAGAUGGGUCUCGUCUAUGAGGAUCGGUAUCUGUUGGGAACAUCAUUGGCUAGACCAUGCAUUUCGAUCGGACUGAUGGAGUCUGCAGCCGAACAUUCUUGUAGCAUAAUCUCUCACGGAGCAACCGGUAAGGGAAACGAUCAGAUUAGGUUUGAACUGAGCUGCUAUGCCUUGGAUCCGAAAAUUAAGGUUAUUGCUCCAUGGCGUUUGCCCGAGUUUUGCAAACGUUUUCAAGGUAGGAAGGAUUUGUUGGAUUACGCGCAGAAGCACGGUAUUCCAGUUAGUGCUACUCCAAAAGCACCGUGGUCAAUGGAUGCGAAUAUUAUGCAUAUCAGUUACGAGUCUGGAAUUUUGGAGAAUCCUGCUAAGGCAGCCCCAGAAGAGCUCUAUCAGAUGACACAGUCCGUGAUGAAGAGUUCCAACACUCCAAUCAAGGUAGACAUCACUUUCAAAGAAGGCUUGCCAGUGAGUGUUCUGGAGCAUUCCAGCGGAAAGACGUUGGAAACGCCUUUGGAAGUUCUAACGUUCCUCAAUAAGAUAGGCGGCGAGCAUGGAGUGGGCAGAGUGGAUUUGGUCGAGAAUCGAUUCCUUGGUUUGAAAUCGAGAGGAGUGUACGAGACACCGGGUGCAACUAUUUUGCACGUUGCUCACAAAGAUAUGGAAGUUUACUGUCUGGAUCGGGAAAUCUUCCGAGUCAAAUCAUUUUUGGCACUGAAGAUGGCGGACUACGUUUACAAUGGAUUCUGGUACUCACCAGAGGCGGAAUAUGUGAGAACCUGCUUGGUUGGGGCACAGAAAAAUGUUUCCGGAAAGGUAACCCUGGAAAUUUUCAAGGGACACGUAAUGGCCAUUGCAAGGGAGUCUACCAAAACUAUCUACAAUCAGGAACUGGCAUCAAUGGAUGUGCAUGGAACUCUUUCGCCGUAUGCUGCCACUGGAUUUAUCGAGGUUAAUGCAAUGCGUUUGAAGGAGCACUAUCGAGUAUUUGGAAGUGCUAAUAUGGAAUAAUGUGCUGAUUUGUAUUGUAAUAUUUGCACUGAAUAAAUGUGUACAAAACAAAUUUAUAAAAGUUAAA